AUGGACGACGACGACCCCAUCGUAUCCGUGAUCCCUAUUCAGCUCUCGACGACUUUUGAUCCAAGGCUUCAGCUUCAUCAGUAUCCACUUUCGUCCCGACCACUCGCCCCGCCGCCAUCAGCCAAACGGGCAGGCAAGGCGAUCACGGCCCGGAUCAAGCCCCUGAGUGACAGAUUGGAAGUACACGUGCCUUUUGAUACACGCGAAGAGGUCUGGAAUCAGCGUCGCGGGCUGGAAUACGGCGAUGCCAGGUACGAAGAGGAUGGAAGAAAACCGCAUGCAGGACGCGAAGAACAUCGUCUGGACGAACUGAGGCUCCGAAGCGAACAGGUUCCCCACAGAGGGACGUACAUGGUCGGGCUGUUGCGCGGCAAUCGUCUAUACCUCCAUCCCGUCGCGGCCACCCACAAACUGCGCCCACAUCUUGGCUACAUCGACGUGCUGUCUCAGAAGGCCCGUCGCAGGCCUGCUGGCGAGGAGGAUGACGAUGAGAACGACGCUGAGCAUGAAGGAGAAGAAAGGGAAGAGAAGAAGAGCAAGAAGGAGGCGAGGGAGGUGCACCUAAUCGCCCGAAAAACGGAUGGCACCCUUUCCGCGAGUGGAAUCAGCGACAUGCGCAGGGAGAUGCUCAGGACCCUGGCCGCAGAGGAGGCGGAGGCUUGGGUUCCUAUCAGGUACUCUGACGAGGUACUGUAA